CUGGAGAGAGGGAAGAACGAGCGCUCAGCAUUUCGCUGAUUUUCAAGUGCACACCGAGCAGCGCGUCAGGCAGUUUGGGUCAGAACGCGCCUGAUUCGGACUUCGGGCGAAGGCAGAGGCCAGCACGGGUCACCGAUUCAGAGCCAGGGGCGGGGCCGACCACACACGCUGUAAGACCCUGAGGCCGAGGAGCCGCGGGUUAGAAAAUGUGACCCUGGCGACCCCAACGCCCCCGCCUCCCUCGCUGCUGCUCCACCUGCACGCGGAGCGCGCCGAGCCGCCGGCGGAGGCGAUGGCCAGCCCCGCGCCCUUAGUGGCCUCCAUCAGCCACCAAAUGGUGGCUCUGCAGACCUUGCAGCUGCUGCAGCAGGAGUGGGGCUGGGGGGACGGUCCAGGCGCCCCCGGGAACCCGCGGGACCCGGACCACGUGUCCACCGCUCCAGCCCGUCGCUCAGGCCCGCCGCGGGCCCGGCCAGGGCCCCGGCGCGAGGAGCGGGGCGGGGGCGUGGGGACCAGGAAUCGGGGGACCGCAGUCCGGACGAGCUCCCCAGAGGAGGAGGCAGUGCGGGGCGCUGAGGGGGGCGCCGAAUUGCUGCCCUUCCCCCGGGACCGCGGGCCCUGCACCCUGGCCCGGAUGGCGAUGCGCAGCGCGCUAGCCCGCGUGGUGGACUCGACUUCGGAGCUGGUUAGCGUGGAACAGACGCUGCUGGGGCCCCUCCAGCAGGAGCGGUCCUUUCCCAUCCACCUGAAGGAUAGUGUUGAGUUUAGAAACAUCUGCAGUCAUUUGGCUCUACAGAUUGAAGGACAGCAGUUUGACAGAGACUUGAAUGCUGCCCACCAGUGUUUGAAGACAAUAGUCAAGAAGCUGAUUCAGUCACUUGCUAAUCUUCCUUCAGAUGCCCACAUGGUAGCCUGUGCUUCCUUGAGACAGAUUUUACAGAAUCUCCCAGACAUAUGAGUGUUAAAGGUAUCGGGAGUAAAACCACAGCCAGCACUGUUAAGAGAACCAGACACUUUCCUUCCUAAUUAAUUGGGUCAGCAGACAAUGGGUGUUUUUAUAUCCAAAGGGGAAAGACUUGAUGGCACGUGAAACAGUCUGACCAGUGGCAUCUGUAGCCUUCAGGAUUACAGCAUGUUAGUGAAAUUUUUUUUAAAGCAGUAGUUCACAUUUUUAAGUAUAUUGACCUAUUUGCUGACUUUCUGAUUGAAAUACAUUCUACUUUGUGAAACUGAUUUGAUUAUGUAUGUAUAUAUUUAUUCAUAUUAAGUAUUAGUUUUUAUUGAAUAAUACCUUAAUUUGUAUUCAUAUUAAGUAGGUCUAAAGGGUUUAAUGUGGUUAUUUAUAUAAUUAAAGUUCCUUGGCUCUUAAAAU